AUGCCUCCUCACAAUACCUCGGUCUUUGAAAGAAUAAGAAAAUUAGUUUCUCGUUGGAUAUCCCACCUGUUGACUGAAGAGCAGAAAGCAGCCAGGGUUAAUUGGUGUCAAAAAACCAUGGUCGCGACAUUUGUGUCAAAAGCGGGUCAUAUUCCUCUUAAUGAGCAAAGAACUGUUACUGUCAUCACCGAGCUUCGGAAAAUUAACCCCGAAAGAAGAAUCAUUCUCCAGCAAGACAAUGCAAGCUCGCACUCAGCCCAAAAGGCAAGGCAGUACUUAACGGAAGAACACGUGGAAUUAUUGGACCAUCCUCCAUAUAGUCCCGAUCUAAGUCCUAACGAUUUGUUUACUUUCCCGAAUAUCAAAAACAGACUGCCUGGUCAAAGGUUCCAGUCACCAGAAGAAGCCGCUGACGCAUUCAAAAAUGCCGUUUUGGAUGUGCCAGCAAACGAGUGGGAUAAGUGCUUCAAAAAUUGGUUCGAACGCAUGCAGAUGUGUAUUAAUCUUCGUGAAGAAUACUUCGAAAAACAAUAAAGUCAUUUAAAACUACCUACCGUGUUGUUUUAUUUCCAUAUGCAAAACUUAAAAGACAUCCCUCGUA